AUGAAGCAAAACUUGGCAUCAUCAGUUAGAUUUAUUUUGCUGCUUUUUCUGAACAUAGAGUGUUUGAAUGAGCAAUCACCUCCUGGAAAGCCUGAGGUUUUGAAGUGUCGUUCUCCAGAAAUGGAAACCUUUACUUGCUGGUGGAAGCCUGGCUCAGAUGGAGGACUUCCUACCAACUACAGUCUGCUCUACAACAAGGAAGGAAAAGAACAAAUUUAUGAAUGUCCAGAUUACAGAACUGCAGGUCCCAAUUCCUGUUACUUUGACAAAAAGCACACCAAUCUCUGGACAUCUUAUAACAUUUCUGUAAAGGCAACUAAUGAGGUGGGAAGUAACAUCUCUAACCCUCAUUAUGUGGACGUGACUUCCAUAGUUCAGCCAGAUCCUCCUAUAAACCUGUCUCUGCAAGUAAUACAGUCAGCUGGGAUAUUGUAUCUUUGGGCAAAGUGGUCUCCACCUCCAUUGGUUGAUGUCAGAUCUGGUUGGCUUAUACUUCAUUAUGAAUUACGCCUAAAGUCUGAAGAAAGGGAAGAGUGGGAGACUAUUUUUGUUGGACAGCAAGCACAUUAUAAGGCGUUUAAAUUACAUCCUGGAUUGAAAUACAUUGUACAGGUUCACUGCAUGCUAGACCAUGGAGAAUGGAGUGAAUGGAGCUCAGAAAGUUACAUUCAGAUCCCCAAUGGGCAGCCCCCUGGAAAGCCUGAGCUACUGAGGUGUCGUUCUCCAGAAAAGGAAACUUUUACUUGCUGGUGGAAGCCCGGCUCAGAUGGAGGACUUCCUACCAACUACACUCUGCUCUACAGCAAGGAGGGAGACAAAUCAAUCAAUGAAUGUCCAGAUUACAGAACUGCAGGCCCCAAUUCCUGUUACUUUGAUAAAAAGCACACCUCACUCUGGGCAAUCUAUAAUAUCACCAUAAAGGCAACCAAUAAGAUGGGAAGUAACAUCUCUGAACCUCAAUAUGUGGAUGUGACUUACAUAGUUCAGCCAGACCCUCCUGUGAACCUAUCUCUAGAAGUAAAAAAACAAGUAGAUGGAAAACCGUAUCUGUUGUUGAAAUGGCAUCCACCUCCACUGGCUGAUGUCAAAUCUGGGUGGCUUACUCUUGAAUAUAAGUUGCGACUAAAACCUGAAGAAGGGGACGAAUGGGAGACAAUUUUUGUUGGACAACAAACACAAUACAAGUUGUUUAGUUUAAAUCCAGGAAAGAAAUACCUUGCACAGGUACACUGCAAACCGGACCAUGGAGAAUGGAGUGAAUGGAGCUCAGAAAGUUAUAUUCAAAUCCCCAGUGACAUAGAGUUGAAGGAUGUGAUUGUCUGGAUCUUUGUGGCUGUAUUAUCAUCUGUCAUUUGCUUAAUCAUUAUCUGGAUGAUGGCUUUGAAAGGCUUUAGUAUGGUAGCCUGCAUCUUACCACCAGUCCCCGGGCCCAAGAUAAAGGGACUCGAUACACAUCUGCUAGAGACAGGGAGGUCCGACGAGUUUUUGAGCGCUCUGGGUUGCCAAGACUUCCCUCCAACAUCAGACUGUGAGGACCUACUGGUAGAAUUUCUGGAGGUAGAUGACAGUGAGGAUCAGCAACUAAUGCCAAGUCAUGAAAAAGGUCAUCCCAGUAAAAAUAUGAAGUCAACACACAAGGAAACAGACAGCGACUCAGGGAGAGGGAGCUGUGACAGCCCUUUCCUACUCUCUGACAGGAGCAGAGAGCCCAGAAUCCCUCCAUCAGCAUUUCAAACACCAGAUAUCAGUGAAAUUUCAGAAAAUAAUGCAAGAAAAAGCAGCUGCGAAAUUCAGAGCACAGACCUAAAAGGGAAAAUACCUUAUUUUAGCAUUGGUAGUACAAAGUUAUCUACGUGGCCUGGAGCUCAGCUAUCUAACAAUCAGACUCCUAAAUGCUCCUACCACAACAUUACGGAUGUUUGUAAGAUAGCCCUUGGCACCAUGAAUGUGAAUGUUACAUCAAUUUUGGGGGGAAAUGAAGAAAAUCAACAGUCACAAUAUUCUAAACCCACUGAAACUAUCAGUGAGGAAAAACUGGACAAGCAAGGAGAAGUGGAGAGCUCGCAUUCCAAAGCUGACCAAGACAGAAUGCAAUUGCUGCCCAAUGAGAAGUCACCUUUUUUGUCUGCUAAACUAAUGGAUUAUGUAGAAAUUCACAAAGUCAACCAAGACGGGGCGUUAGCUGUAUUGCCGAAACAGAAAGAAAAUGGUGGCAAAACUGAAAACUGUACUGUCCCUGGAACCAGCAAGGAAUAUGCAAAGGUCUCAAGAGUUGUGGACAACAGCAUUCUAGUAAUAAUACCAGUUUCAAGAGUUCAGACCACACCUAUGUUUCAAGAACCUCCAAAGGAAUCUGUUCAGAACCUUCAACAGAGUCAAACAGAGAAAAAUAUGAGCUAUUGUUUUACAACUCCAAGUGAGUGCAAAAUAGACACUGGUGGAUUAGAUUACCUGGAUCCAACUUCCUUUAUGUGCUCCUUUAAUUAA